ACACCGGACACAGCCCAAUAAUAUUUUCACAAAACCUUAACCAAUCCCUAUAAAUAGCAACGAGACUUCAACUACCCUUAGCUAUACUUACACCAUACUAAUACAUCAUGUCCCAGUUUUUAAACUUAGCAUCAUUUGGCAAUGUCGGCUCAAGAUUCAACUUAGACAGAAUCAGAAGUGACUUCAGUUCCGUUGGUACCUCCAUCUCCAAGCUUAGACCACCACAAGAGUUUUUCGACUUCAGAAGACUUUCCAAACCAGCCAACUUUGGUGAAAUCCAAAACAGAGUUGGAUUCAACUUGGGUUAUUUCUCAGCCAACUAUAUCGCCAUUGUCUUAAUAUUGAGUGUCUACGCCCUUAUCACCAAUGUAUUAUUAUUAUUUGUUACUUGUUUCGUCGUUGGUGGUGUUUAUGGAAUUAAUCGUUUACAAGGUCAAGAUUUAAGCACCCCAUUUGGUAAAUAUAACACUUCCCAAUUAUACACUGGACUAUUAAUCGUAGCUAUUCCUUUGGGGUUCUUGGCUAGUCCUAUUUCUACUAUGAUGUGGUUGAUUGGGUCCAGUGCUGUUUGUGUUGGUUCUCAUGCUGCUUUAAUGGAGAAGCCUAUCGAAACUGUAUUUGAAGAAGAAGUAUAAUACAAAACCAAUGAUGUAUCGAGCACUAGUGCAGAAAGCAAUCAUUACAAGUAACCAAUUCCACCUUCUUAAAUAUUAAUAGUAUAAUUUUAGUAUAAUCGUUUACACUUUAUCCAAAAUUUGAAGGAUUACCUUGUAAUGUAACAGUAUAUAUUAAGAUGCUAUAAAGAAAAUCGUAUUAACCCAUUAUUUUUAUACAGAUAGAAGGGAUCCAUCAUUGAAUAAACAUUAUAUGGAAUUCGGACCAAUUCUGAUUGUAAAAGUAAAUAGAUAACCCAAAUAGCUUAGAUACCCAACUUAGUUCUUCUCCAGUGUCUUCUCUUGGCGUUGUAUCUGAUGGUGUUACCAGUUCUUAAUCUGACCCAUUGAGGUAAUGGUCUGUUUUGCUUUUGAGCCUUGGCUAACUUUUGCUUAGUUCUGAAAGAUUUUUGAGAAGGCAUUGUUGCUAAUGUAAAUGAACUCU